AUGUCCAAGGCGGGCGCAUCUUCACGCGUGCGGGCACCUGGGUCGAUGGAUCCGGUCACCUAUGGGAAAGCGACCCGUCAAAUCAUAUUUGAGAAGUCGAUUAACCCAGGCUGGGCUCCUUAUAACCAGCAUAUCCGCCGUGCGUUAGGUUUUCGUGAAAAGAAUGCAGGUGGCAAAGGCCGACCGGUGUUUGCCUCCGAAAACGUUAAUCAACUCUACGGUGAGCUUGACGACAUGGCGAAGAAGCUUCCCAACCACAGCCAACAAGAGCUUAAGAGAGCAUGGGAGAAGCAGACUUACACGAAAGACGUUAGGCGCCUGGUCGACAAUUACGGGGAGAAGAUCUGGGGUGAUUCUCUUAAGGACCGCGAGCUAAGUUCAAACCCUAAGUCCCAAUUGUUGACUGCAGAGGACGGAAGCGAGGCGGGCAAUCUCUUCUACCAGUACGAGCGUCACCGAAAGUUCAUCACUCUCCAACUGGAGCACCUUCUGUUCAUGAAAGCCAUCGCCGUCUAUCAUAACUACCAUGGACCAUCGGCACCAAGGUCGGCGGCGGAGUCUAGACCAGUCUCCACGCGGAGCACGCGCCCGGGAGCUUCGAAACCACGGAAGCGGAGCUCAUCGGUGGCGCGCUACAUAUUCACUUUUCGUCUACCCUCAGAUAAGAUGCGGGCAGUCUUAUGCCGUACCUCGAAACGUAUCGCGGAGAAGAAGCGUGCGCGCGACGCAGCAGGCAGACUGCUCUAUGAAGUAACUGGUGAGAGCGACAACGAGUGGACUCCGACGAAGAGGAGGCGACCAUCUCAACGAUAUCCGAGGCUCAGUGCCAGCGAUGUGACCGACGACGAUUCCUCCGCAAGCGAACAGUCUGUUGAAGGUGACGAAAGCUCGACCGCCGGAAGGAAUGGGAGCGAUGGAGCCUUGGUAGUUGGACCUGUAUCGGAAGAGGUCAAGCGAAGCAUGAGAAUGGACAUGGCAGUAUCUCUCUACAGCGAGUUGUGUCACGAGGAUGAUGGAAGCCACAAUAAACUCCCCGAUGCCAAUUCGAUGUUGGUGGCAUCCAAACGCUUGGACAAUGUCAUCCAUACUCUGCGGAGGCAGGAUGAAGACAAGCUCCGCAAAUCUCUUGGGGGCUCAUUCCAGCAGGACCUACGAACAUUGGAUGCCUGGCUUUCUUGGAGGGAGGGUUGCUGGUUGCUCUCUGAGGCCACUGGGAUACACCCUUUUGGCGGCCAGCCGACGCCGCGCUUCACGGUGGGACAAUGGAACAACAUGUUCGGUGGGGGAGAGAAGUGUCGCAGAAUCCACCAAACACUUCUGAAAUGCGGUCAAAUCGCCUUGGGCAUCCACGACGGAAAAGACGAGAAGACCUUGAGUACUGCCAGUUCGUUGGCGCGGGUCUUCGCAGCGAUGGCCGAGAGCCCGAUGCUUGAACAAAGCCUUCCGAAUCACAUCGUUGCCCACAACAAGUUGCUGUCCUCUUGGAAAAUGGACUUUUGGUUGUAG